GUGACACGUAUGCGGUAAUUUCAUUGGUUGUAACAGAAAAUAGUGGCCGUAGCCUACCUACCGGCUUUUUGACCACGCGUGCAAGGGGCCACAAGACAAGGCCUGCAGGAGACCAACAAAUGCAACCGUAAAUAGCCUUAUCUCCCUGGCAGCCUUUAUUUUUCUGAGGAAGCCACCAUGCUUCGACUUCAGACAGCAGCUCUAUUAGUCGACAGUUUUGGUUCUCAUGUCUCUAAACUCACCCUGCAAUGCAGCAGGAGUCUCAAGACUACUGGGCAGCAGUAUUGCCAGAAGGCAGGGAAAGAGGUGCCGCAGGUCAAGGGAAUUCCCUAUAAGAACCUGUCUAUUGGAGUUCCAAAAGAAAUUUAUCUUAAUGAACGGCGAGUUGCCUUAUCACCUGCAGCUGUGCAGAAUUUGGUGAAAAAAGGAUUCACAGUGAAUAUAGAAAAUAGAGCUGGUGAACAAGCCAAGUUCCUUAACCAAGAUUAUGAGGCAGCAGGGGCAUCCAUUAAAGAAGUCAAAGAUGUCUUCAACUCAGACAUAAUCUUGAAAGUGCGUGGACCGUUGCUUGAAGAAGUAGAGAAGUUUCGUGAGAAUGGAACAUUGAUUAGCUUCUUGUACCCUGCCCAGAACAAAGAACUAAUUGAAAAAUUGGCUCAAAAAAGAAUGACUGUAUAUGCCAUGGACUGUGUUCCUCGCAUCAGUCGUGCACAAGUGUUUGAUGCCCUUUCCUCUAUGGCCAACAUUGCUGGUUAUAAGGCUGUUGUGGAAGCUGCAAACAACUUUGGUCGCUUCUUCACUGGUCAGAUCACCGCAGCAGGAAAAGUACCACCUGCAAAGGUCCUGGUCAUUGGUGGAGGUGUAGCAGGUCUGUCAGCUGUAGGCACUGCCAAGAAUAUGGGUGCCAUUGUGAGAGCCUUCGACACAAGAGCUGCUGUCAAGGAGCAAGUGGAGUCCUUUGGGGCUGAGUUUCUGGAAUUGGAUGUUAAGGAAUCUGGAGAGGGCACUGGAGGCUAUGCUAAAGAAAUGUCAAAAGAGUUCAUUGAGGCAGAGAUGGCACUGUUUGCCAAACAAUGCAAGGAAGUUGACAUUCUUAUUUCAACAGCUCUUAUCCCAGGGAAACCAGCUCCAAAGCUUAUCAGCAAGGCUAUGGUUGAGAGCAUGAAGCCUGGCUCUGUCAUCGUAGAUCUUGCUGCAGAGGCUGGAGGAAACAUUGAAACCACUCGUCCAGGAGAACUGUACACUUAUAAGGAUGUUGUUCAUAUUGGCUACACAGAUCUUCCCUCUCGCCUACCAACCCAAGCGUCCACGUUGUAUGCCAACAACAUUUCCAAACUCCUCCUUUCCUUUGGUGAGAAAGAUCACUACAACAUCAACUUAGAAGAUGAAGUAGUGCGUGGCUCAAUCAUCCUUCAUGAGGGGAAACUGAUGUGGCCCCCACCGCCACCCAAAGUGGAGCCUGGUGCACCGGCACCAUCAGCUGCUGCUGCAGUAGCCAAAAAAGAACCACCACCACCACCCAACUACUUCAACAUUACACUCAAAGAUUCUUUCCUGUACACAACUGGGCUCAGCACCUGUUUAGGUCUUGGAAUGGCAUCUCCUAACCCAGCAUUUGCAUCAAUGGUGACAGUGUUUGGUCUUGCUGGCAUUGUGGGCUACCACACUGUAUGGGGUGUAACACCUGCACUUCACUCACCCCUUAUGUCUGUCACCAACGCCAUCUCUGGUAUCACUGCUGUUGGUGGUCUGCUGCUGAUGGGUGGGAGCUACUACCCAGACAACACUGUUCACACCUUGGCGGCUCUUGCUGCUUUUAUCUCUUCCAUCAACAUCGGUGGUGGUUUUCUUGUCACACAGCGAAUGUUGGACAUGUUCAAGCGCCCAGAUGACCCACCAGAGUACAAUUACUUGUAUGCCAUCCCUGGUGCUGCCUUCCUGGCAGGUUAUGGCUAUUGUGCCCAGGCAGGCACUUACCCAGACAUCCACCAGAUGGCGUACCUUGCUGCAUCGCUGUGCUGUGUGGGUGCAUUGACUGGCCUCUCAUCACAGAAAACCUGCCGCAUUGGAAAUUUUCUUGGCAUCAUUGGAGUUACAUCUGGAAUUGCUGCAACUCUUGGACUGCUGAAACCAUCUCCUGAAUUGUUUGCCCAAAUGGCAACUUGCAUGGGUCUUGGAGGAACCAUUGGCACAGUGAUGGCCAAGCGUAUGGAAGUUACAGAUCUUCCACAGAUGGUGGCCUUGUUUCACUCUCUGGUGGGGGCUGCUGCUGUUUUAACUUGCUUUGCCAACUUCUUCCUUGAGCAGCCUCACUUUGCUACAGACCCUGCUGCAAACAUUAUCAAAACAUUCCUUUUCCUUGGAACAUAUAUCGGUGGCAUCACCUUCACAGGCUCAUUGGUGGCCUUUGGCAAGCUGCAGGGAAUUUUGAAGUCUGAACCCUUACUUCUGCCUGGCCGCCAUGCCCUCAACUUGGGCAUGCUGCUGGGAAAUGUCGGUGCCAUGGGUUGCUUUCUUUAUGACAACACACCAAGUGUUGGACUUGGUAUGCUCGGAAUUACUUCCACCUUGUCUUCAAUCAUGGGUGUCACACUGACAGCCGCAAUAGGAGGUGCUGAUAUGCCAGUCGUCAUCACCGUGCUGAACAGCUACUCUGGCUGGGCUCUGUGUGCCGAAGGAUUUAUGUUGGACAACAAUCUGAUGACUAUUGUUGGAGCGCUCAUCGGGUCCUCUGGUGCCAUUUUGUCCUAUAUCAUGUGCAAGGCCAUGAACAGGUCUCUCCCCAAUGUUAUCCUUGGUGGCUAUGGCACUAGCUCUACUGGCACAGGAAAACCCAUGGAAAUCACAGGCACUCACACUGAGAUCAAUGUUGCUGACACUGUCAAACUGAUUGAGGAUGCACGCAACAUCAUCAUUGUCCCAGGAUAUGGUCUUUGUGUGGCAAAGGCCCAAUAUCCUAUUGCAGAAAUGGUGUCUAUCCUUCGCAAAAAGGGAAAGAACGUUCGAUUUGGUAUUCACCCUGUAGCAGGUCGCAUGCCUGGUCAGCUGAAUGUAUUACUGGCAGAAGCAGGUGUCCCAUAUGAUGUUGUUCUGGAGAUGGAAGAGAUCAACGAUGACUUCCCUCAAACUGACCUCACUCUGGUCAUUGGUGCCAAUGAUACAGUCAACUCUGCUGCUGAAGAAGACCCUAACUCUAUAAUUGCUGGCAUGCCUGUCUUGAGAGUCUGGCUGUCAGAACAGGUUAUCAUCAUGAAGAGGUCACUAGGUGUGGGUUACGCUGCUGUGGACAACCCUGUUUUCUUCAAGGAGAACACUGCCAUGUUGUUAGGUGAUGCUAAGAAAACCUGCGAUGCCCUCCUGACCAAACUGAAAGAGGAGUAUAGUCAAUAGCAUCUCAGUUUAGACUCUUGUGUUUCAUUUUUAAGUGUGAAUGCAUAGAAUGUGAGAUGUCAUAUACAGGACAAUUUAGAGACAUUAUGUCUGGUUCUUAUUGUUUUGAUACUGAUAUUCUCAGGCCUCUGUGUCUGGCGUUCAGUCAGAAUGCUGCUGCACAUACUUCCGUCAUGCUUAAAAUAUAAUUGCCAUUAAAAGCCAAAAAUGUGCUUUUGUUCUUGGCAUUAUACAUUUUUUUGAAGGAGAGUUUACAAGAGAAAUAUGGUUGGGAAAAUGUAGAUCAUAUUUUUUUUAUAUUAUAUAUGAUUUGGCUUUAACACCAUGUAAAGUACAGCUUAUACAAACCAAAACAGAGAUUCUUCAUAUGCAAAACCACAGUACAUUUUUACUUACAGUACUAAUUUUAAAGUUUAACCAUUAAAAAAAUCUAGAUGUUUUAUGUCUCAGGAUGUGUAUAUUUGUGGUCCUCGUCUCAACUAGCCCCCACUUUUUUUUUUCAAAUAGAAAUCUGUAUCUUUUAUCUUUGUGUUCACAUAAUGCAGUAUUUGUAAUGCAUGAUGCAUGUUUUGCUCACUUAAGACUACAGGCUGUAGUCCGACUAAUUUCUCGUCAAUCAGGAAUGUUCAGUUCAGUUACUGACACAUCAGUGUUUAAAAAGUUCAAGGAAUGGAGUGGUAGCAUAAUAAUUCUUAAAUUACUUCAAUACAUUUUUUUCUAUGCAAUAUAAUUUUUUUCAUGAAUGAAAAAGCUAUAUUUUAAAAAACCUAUCCAUAUACAUGUAUACAUACAAUAUAUUUAGUUUUAAAAAUGUAACGAAAAAAUAAUAGGUUGACAUUAGAACUUUGGUUUCACAAGGAUCUAAGAAAAAAACCGUUGAACAAAAACAAUUGCAUUCACUUAGUAAAUGUUAACAUUUUUUUAAACAGAAUUCAUGCUAAAUGUGGGGGAAAAAAACUGUUCAGCAGAUUAACUGCAUCUUGUUACAUUUUUAGUAGUUAUUAUAUAUAUUAUAUACUUUUUUUGGAACCAUUUUUGCAGAGUUUUUUUAACAGUUUUUCAUUUGGUAUAUAGUCUUUGAAAAAUGAAAUGAAUCUAUUCAAGCUGUUUGUAAAGUUCAAAGCAUUUGUAGGAAAAGGUAUAGAUAUUACAACUUAUUUAAGGGCAAAAUAGCUUUAUGAAAUUUUGAAUUUAGUUUUGGAGACAUCUUGCUUUGGAUAAGAUUAGUUUUCUUUGUCUUGGAUGGACUUUUUUCCUGAGUGUUGAGGCUGACAAUAAAGUAUGAGGACCAUACUACUAAAAA